CUUACUUUUGUUCUAGUUAAUUAAUGUCCGUUUUCUAAAUAAAAGUUGACAGAGUGUCAGACUUCUAGUCCAAAUCUAAGAGUACAUACCCAAAAGAAUUCCAUAUGAAAUGUGUCAAAUUCUCUUACUAAAUGAGCAUCGGAAUCAUACUAUGGCUAAUCGUACAAACUAUCACUGAAGAAAGCACGUAUUAUUAACUAGCCAAGAUCAUGUCAAUGGCAAUCAAGAAUCACCCUUCUUCAUCUUCAUCUCCUUAUUCAAGAAGAAGGACGUGCCUGUGCUCGCCAUCCGCCCAUCCAGGCUCAUUCAAGUGCAGCUUCCACCGGAUUGAUAAAAAUCCUCGCAGUCGAAGACAUUGUCCAACAGCAGCAGCUCACUUGAAUCCUUCGUCUUCCUCGAGUUCUUUUUCUUCAUCAGAAACAGGAAAGGCAGCGGCAACAUUAACAAGUACAGCAGCAGCAGUAUCAUCGAAAUCAAAGAUGGUGAAUAAUCUGAUGAUGACAUUAAACAUAAAUCUGUUAAAGGCAUUUCUGCUUCAGAUUAUUAAACCACCAAGAAGCCCUAACCUCCAAAGAAGAAGGACCUUCCAGCCUAAUAAGCCUACCAGGUUCUGUCCUUUAAAUAAUGGCGGCCGCGGCCAUCAUCAUGGGGUCACUGUUUCUUGAUUGUAUUAACUCCUCUUUCUCUGCAUUAAGAUUUAACUUUUGGGGUAUACAGGAGAUGCUGGCCAUGCAAGAUUUUGUAGGAGAUUAAUUAAUAUAGGAUGCAUGGGUUUUGGGUUUUCCUGUAACAUUCACGAUUAACUAAUUACCUGAUUAAAUUAAUUAAGCAAUUAUAAAUUAGGUAUCUUGCUUCAACAAUUUUGACAAUUUCUAGCCUGCCUUUUCGGAUGAACAAAACCAUCGA